GUGACAGUGACUUGCCCCAGACAGGCAUCACACCCAGUGACAGCAGAGGCUGGGUCAGGGGCAGGUGGGGCAUGUGGGCUGGGCUGGUGUAAGUAGCAAUGCACAUUCAUUAAGGACUGAGAAAUGGCACCUAGAAAGGGCCCCUGCCCCUGCCUGACAGUACCAAGAAUGGGCCAUCCCAGGGGGGGCACCUGCCUGCCCACUGACCCUUCCAGCCUGUCUCUCAAGGAGGUCUUGAGAAGGCUGCUGGACACCCUACCAGGGCUGAAGGUUCCUCACUCACCUCCUGGCUGCCUUCCUCCCCUGCUCUUCCUCCUGACUCCUCACCCUUCAGUGGGCAGAGCUCUCAGGCACCGAGGAGAGGGAAGACUGAGGACCCUCCCUGGCCCGCAGUCCGAGGCCUGGGUGGAAACAGAUCAGAAAUUCAUCGUGAAAUAUGUAGUACAUGUCUCCACGGAUGUUGCGACUGGCCAGAAUUCGGAACCGCCCCAGGCCUGCCUCCCGACCGAGCCACCAUCUCAGGUAUGCAAGAACCGAGAUAACUAUCCGUCAGCUAUGCUAGAGAAAAGGUUCCUAUCCUGGAUACUAGACAAGACCUCUUGGACCCAUCCCAACCCCAAGUUUCUGCACUUCGAGUCACAUCUACAGGUUGUAGAAGGGGAAGGAGGGACGUGCCAGCCAUUGGAAGAAACCCUGCAAAGCUGGACUGCCUGUUGCAGGGCACAGGUGGGCGGAUGUCCAGUUGUUCCUGGGCCAGUGGGUCUGCCCUGUGCCCUUCUUUAUCCCGGCAGGGCCACCUCGCUGUUAGUCCCAGUGGGCCGUGAGCUGCUCCGGGCCAGGAAACCCAGCGUGGUGCUUGGCACAUGGUGGAGAUAUGCUCACAGCCUCAAAGGUAACUUGCCUCAACUGUGCUAUUCUGGUUCCGUCAGCUUCAGCUGGGAUUACCGCUUACAUCGACAGUGUCCCACUGACCAUGUGGUUUCAGCAAAUCACCGCGGCUCGGAAAGGCCACGUAACAGUGAAGUCCUAACGUUUUUAUGAACCAAUGCGUCCUGGGUUUUCCCAAAGAAUAAAACAUUUCAGAAACCAAGCCUAGGGCUCUAGUGUGUGGUAAAUAUUCCUU